AGCACCUGAGCGCGCUGCUCAGACGCUCCUCGUCGCUGGCAGACGAUGAGCGCCCGGCCCGGCGGCUCCGAGCAGCAGUGAACCCGCCGGCCCCCGCUGACUGACCGUCCAGUGCUGGUCACUGCGACUGUCCCCGACCCGACCUGACCCGACCUGACCUGACCUGAGCCGGCCGUCGCCAUGACCGUCGGUCAUCUGCCCCUCGCCACUCUGGCGCUGCUCUGCGCUCUCGUUUCGGCCAGUCCGCACUCGCGCGACGCCUGUGCUCCCGGUAAAUUGGUCGUAUACAAGGCAGUCAUCAAGACGUUCUGGUCCAAGGAGAGGUUCCCGAAGCAGUACCCGCUCUGGCGACCUCCAGCUCAGUUCUCCAAGUUCUUAGGUGUAACGCACAAUUCGAGCGUCUACCUGUACCGGGAGGGCCAGGAGGCCAGUCCGGCGCUGAAGCUGUUCGCUGAGCUGGGAGACGCGUCCGGACUCGAGUCCACGGCCCAGGGUGCCGAGGGCAUCCUGGAUCAGUUCACGGCGCCCAAGGUCCCCGGCGAGGGCUCCACGCAGACACACGUCUUCGUCGACGGCACCCACUCCAAGGUGUCGCUGAUAUCAAAGAUCGUCCCGUCGCCCGACUGGUUCAUCGGCGUCGACAGUGUGGAUCUGUGUGAGCACGGACACUGGGUCGACACGCUCGACAUCCAGCUGUACCCGAUGGACGCCGGCACGGACCAGGGUCUGGCGUUCACCUCUCCCAACUGGGAGUCAGUGCCGGCCGAGCCCGUGUACCAGAUCACUCCGCGGCGACCGAAGCACCCGGCGAGCAGCUUCCACUACCCGGAGCUGGACAGCUUGCCGCCCAUCGCUGACGUCAAGCUGCACAGGGUGCGGUCGUACAAGCUGGCCCACGAGUUUGACCACCCGGACUCGAUUGCGUACACGGUGGAGGCGGCUUCUCCCGACAACAUCCAAAUCGUCACAGCCACGAACGACAUCCAGCUGCCCGGAAUCCAGGUGAAGGCGCAGGGCGCCGACUCAGACCGCGAGGUGGCACUGCGGUCGGGCGACAUUCGGAAGAAGGUGGCGCUGGCGUCGGACAGCCCGACAACAGAGAUCGACGGCCUCCGACUGCGAGUGCUUCACAAGGCAGACGGGCUGACCGGCGUCAAAGUUCGCGCCGGCGACCGACAGGCCAUCAUAAAGAAGAUCGCCAACCACUAUCACGCGACCAGGCGCAAGACCCGCCGCCGCCGCCGCAAGCACUUCAAGCGGAAACGUGCUCCGCGCAACUGCAAGGUGGGCGACUGGGGCGACUGGAGCGCCUGCACGCGCGCCUGCGGAAUCGGCGAGAUGACGCGCACGCGGCCGGUGGUGCGGCACCCGCGGCGCGGCGGAAAGCCGUGUCCGCCGCUCGAGGAGCGGCGAUGGUGCGGCUCGGCGCGCAGUUGCGACAAACGGUACUUCAACUGGUGAGCGCCGCGGCCCGGUGCUCCGGCAGAGACGUCAGGGGAGCCCGCUGGACGUGACGAGAUGUGUGAUGUCGAGAUGUGAUCAGAGCCCGCUGUCCCAGCGAGGCGAGGUGAUGAAAUGUGCUGCGGAGGGGUCGGGGAGGUCCCGACGGUACCGCUGUUCGAUCCGAGAUUGACGAGCCGGUUGGAAACGAUCGUCGUUCCGUGCUGGAAGCGAUAUGAGUCGUUAGCAGUGCGUGUUGGUGUCUCGCUGUACGAUACGUCGCACCUCGUCGAUGGUUGUGUCGGUGCCAAGGCGCUGCGCCUGACCACAAACACGGUAACUGAUCUGAGCGACAUCUAUACGCGCGAUUGUCGCGCCACCUGUGGUCACGUCGUCAGUCGUGAUGUGUGGAUCCGCAGCGUUUCACGCUGACGGUGUUGUCUCUCUCUCUUCUUCCGUCCUGUCGCUUCCAGCGGCCGCUGCUGGAGUAAGCGUGUCGGCCGCCGGAGCGGUGCCGAGCAGCGGGCUCGGCACGGUGCUAGCCCACGCGUGUCGCCAUUUGAGCUGUCGUUCGUGUUUAAUUUAUUGCUGGCUCGCCGUCGGUCACCCGAUAGCGGUGGCGCAGACGGCGCGGCGAGCCGUCUCGGUGGGGCCUCGAGUCCGUGCCUAAUCCCUGCGGGCUGCGGCCCACGGAGUCAUCGCUUCAGUCCCAGAGAUGGUCUUUGUACUUGGUGGAAAAUAAACGAGCUCUAAACAUUG